AUGACCUUCCCCUGCGGACCAGGAAAAGAAGGCAUUGUCCCUAAUGCAGUGUGGAAGUGGCUUCGUAAAGCUGCAGCUGAUGUGACUCUGGAUCCUGAUACAGCAAACCCCUGGCUUGUCCUGUCUAAGGACAGGAAACAAGUGAGAGAUGGAGACACAAAGCAGGAUCUCCCUGACAACCCAGAGAGGUUUAAUCUUGUUGUCAAUGUCUUGGGGAAAGAGGGGUUUUCUUCAGGGAGACAUUACUGGGAGGUGCAGGUUGGGGACAAGACUGAGUGGGAUUUAGGAGUGGCCAGAGAGUCCAUCAACAGGAAGGGAGGAAUAACAUUGAGUCCUAAUAAUGGUUACUGGACUAUCUGGCUGAGGAAUGGAAAUGAGUACGAUGCUCUCACUAACCCCAUUCCUUUCCUCCACAUGAGUGUGAAGCCCCAGAAGGUGGGGGUGUAUGUGGACUAUGAGGAGGGUCAGGUCUCCUUUUACAGUGUGGAGGACAAGCAUCAUAUCUACACUUUCACUGGAUAUAAAUUCACUGAGAAACUCUAUCCAUUCUUCAGUCCUUCUCUCAGUAGCAAGGGUAGAAACUCAGCACCACUGAUCAUCACUUCUGUCAGUCCAACCGCAUGA